ACUAUUUUCAAAAAACAUUUUCUAGCAAUUAUUUCAUGAUUCAGGCAAUUGUUAUAGUGCCACCUAGUGGUAGCAGUAAAAGUUGUCUGGGACCAACAACCACGACAUGUUAAAAGUGACUUAUAAGUCAACUUUUUCUCGGUUAUGAUGCUCAGCUGAACAUCUUGACCACAUUUACAUGAUGAAAUGCACUGAGUUGUUGCUACUUAAGUACAUUUGUUUAAAAAUUAAAAAAAAAAAAAUCUGGCACACUUUAACUCAUGACUGCAUGAUGUCAUACAUUAUAUGGUUUUGGCCCUUUUAUCUCUUUGUAUGUGAUAGCCCUCGGUGAUUGAAACACUAUUAGGAUUGCCUUUCAUGUGUUACAAUUUAAGCUCAAAUUGCUUUAAUGUUUGAAGGCUCACAGUGGCAUGAAAUAAUAACUCCCCUCAAAUGUGUUAAAUUGAAAGUAACGAACCUGUUUUGAAAAUGUAAGAAAUUGAAAGUACAGAUAUUUGUUUAAAAGUGUAUCGAGUAAAAAUAAAAAGGCGUCAAAAAAAUACUCAAGUAAAGUACGGAAUACAAGAAUGAGGCGAUGUAAUGAAAUCUAUACCAUAGGAGCGUCUAUUAAAAAUCUCGGUCCACCUGGUGAGAAAGAAAUGGUCAUUAAGAGAUGAGAAAACAAUGACGUCCAGCCAAAACUAAAAUUGGAGCUUGGAUGGAGAGCGUUCACAUCUCAGGCUUGUCAAAGGUAGAAUAAAAGACCAAAAUAUAUCUAAGUUUAAUAUAUGUCAGCCUACCAGGCUAAAUUACCCAAAUUCUGAAUAUAUUUUAAGCAGUGCUGAAUAGAGGAACGAUUCUAAUUGUUCUGUUUUUGUGUUCUAGUUUUAAUUAUAUUCUGUGCAUAAUAGUCACACAGUGAUUUAUGGAGUUAAUUUGUUUGCUUGAGUUUUUCAACAUAAGUGAUGUUUUUAUGCUGAUGACUGCUUUGCACAGGCCAAAUUAAGCUGCAAGAAAUCCUAGUUAAAAAUCAAUAUCGAAAUACUUCAGCUCAGCAUAAAACCCCUAAAUGAUAGCAUAUGCUAAACAUGAAUGUAAACCCAGAGCUGUCUGGCUUUCCAAACAUUUUUAAAUAGGAGCUCUAUGCCAAGCUGUUGUAACUGAAGAUAAGACAUGUAAAAAGCAACGAAUGCAACAGCAACAAAGGUUUAUCUGGAUGCUUUCGGGCUUUCAUAUGAAACUGUUAGCAAAGAAGGCUGUUGCCUUUUUUCCCAAUUUCUAAAUCCUUACCUGUAAGUACACACACACACACGCACACACACUCAGAGAGAGAGCAUGGUCCAUUUAAAUGUAAGAGCAGUUUGUUUGUAUCCCGUGAGGUUUUUUUUCCUACUCAAACAUCACGUCUCCUUCAGUUCUGGUUUAUCUUCACAUGAAAAUGAACUCCAGCCUGUUUCUGUCAGCAGCUCUUGGUGAAAGCUGCUACUGCAGCUCUCAGCUGCCUCUAUACACCAUAAUUGAAGCCAUUUGUGGAUCAGGUGGAAUUCUGGGAUUUUGGCCUCACCUCAAAAUCCCAAAGCGUGUUAUUUUCUCUCUUUCUUUUCCCGGGCCAGUAGGACUCUUACAUCAGCCUUCGUUUCCCCUCGCUCUCUCUUUCCUUCUGCGCCUCUUCCUCUCCUCUCUCUCCUUUCCCCUCUCUUUGCUAUUCCAGAAAGAAGUCCUUCAGAGGCAGAGGUCACAAACUUGUGGUGCUGAAUGCAUCGGCGCACAACAGAUGUGGAAUAUUUCCCAAGAAAAACGGUUUGAGGAGAGAAGAAGUUCAAAACUUCCUUUCAGGCGUCCGUGAGAUGAGACUGAAGAUCAUGGAGGUUAAAUUGAUCGCCUUCGUUCUCCUGCAGGCUGUCACUGUGAGAUCUCAAGUCAACCCAGAAAUGUGCCGCUAUCCUCUUGGCAUGACCGGUGGGCAGAUUCAGGAUGAGGACAUCUCUGCUUCCAGCCACUGGUCUGAGUCCACCGCUGCAAGAUUUGGAAGACUUGACUUUGACAACGGAGACGGUGACGGGGCUUGGUGUCCUGACAUCAUGUCAGAGGCGGACGGCCUCAAAGAGUAUCUCCAGGUGGACCUGCGUUCGCUGCACUUCAUCACGCUCGUGGGCACCCAAGGUCGGCACGCCGACGGCAUGGGUAAUGAGUUUGCCCAGCGAUACAGGAUCAAGUACAGCCGCGACGGCAGCAGCUGGGUGGGCUGGCAUGACAGAAAGGGAAGGCAGAUCAUCGAAGGCAACAGUAAUGCAUACGAUGUGGUCCUGAAGGAUCUUGAGCCUCCCAUCAUUGCCCGUUUUGUCCGCUUUAUGCCCGUGACCGACCACUCCAUGAUCGUGUGUAUGAGAGUGGAGCUCUACGGCUGUGAAUGGCUCGAUGGCCUGAUGUCCUACAGCAUUCCAGACGGACACCAAAUGAUCUACAGAGGCCUGGAUGUCUUCUUCAAUGACUCUGUGUACGAUGGAGCAUCAGCUGAAAGCUCAACCAUAAAUCCUUCCUCAAGGCUGACGAAAGGGCUUGGCCAGCUGACCGAUGGCACCUGGGGUCUGGACGACUUUCUCCACAGCCACAGCUACAACUUUUGGCCUGGCUAUGACUAUGUAGGAUGGAACAACAGGAGCUUCCCCAGAGGUUACGUGGAGAUGAUCUUUGAGUUCGACCAUGUGCGAAACUUCUCGUCCAUGAAGGUUCACUGCAACAACAUGUUUAGCCGAGGGGUGAGGAUGUUCAGGCAGGUUACUUGUUACUUUCGGUCAGGAUCAGAGUGGGAGGCAGACCCGGUGACCUUCAGGCCUGCUGUUGAUCGUGUGAGCCAAAGCGCUCGUUUUAUCACGGUGCCCCUCGGGGACCGCACAGCCAGCACCAUUAAAUGCCGCUUCCACUUCAGUGACCUUUGGAUGCUGUUCAGUGAGGUGGCCUUCCAGUCAGGCUCAGCAGUGUACAAUACAUCAAUGGCUCCUCGCAAGCAUGGACACCCGACAAAAAUAUUACCAGGGGAUGAUCCUACACACAAAGUGGAUGACAGCAAUACAAGGAUCCUGAUUGGCUGCUUGGUGGCCAUUAUAGCCAUCCUAUUGGCCAUCAUUGUCAUUAUCCUGUGGCGACAGGUCUGGCAAAAGAUGCUGGAGAAGGCAUCUCGUCGCAUGCUGGAUGAUGAGCUCACGGCUCGUCUCGCCAUCCAGACACGGGCCUUCUCCUUCCACCACUCGUCUCUCUCCAGUGAGAGUGGCUCGACCUCCAACUCCACCUAUGAAAGAAUCUUCCCCCUCUGUGCCGACUACCAGGAGCCCUCGCGUCUCAUCCGGAAACUGCCCGAGUUUUCUCAGUCCACCGAACGCCUCGAAUCGAGUACCUCCUGCAGAGCCUUUGCAGCCGGAGGCUCAGAUGGUGCCCCCCACUAUGCUGAGGCAGAUAUCAUCAGUCUGCAGGAGUCUUCGGACAGCAGCACCUACUCCAUCACAGCUGUCAACAUGAAUUUCUUUGCUGGCACAGAUUCAUCCAUGAGGGAGUUCCCCAGACACAAGCUCACCUUCAAGGAGAAACUGGGAGAGGGCCAGUUUGGAGAAGUGCACUUGUGCGAGGCAGAGGGCAUGCAGGACUUUUUGGGUGAGGAUUUGUCCAUAGAGGGAAACAAUGAGUCCCCUCUGCUUGUUGCUGUUAAAACACUGCGGGAAGAUGCCAACAAGAACGCAAGGAAUGACUUCCUGAAGGAGAUCCGAAUCAUGUCUCGUCUGAGGGACCCCAACAUCGUCCGUCUGCUGGCAGUGUGUGUGGACACAGAUCCUCUGUGCAUGAUCACUGAGUACAUGGAAAAUGGUGACCUAAACCAGUUCCUCUGCAAUCUCAGACUAAAGGCCGCUGAUGAAGAUGAGAUCAAACAAGAGGAGACGGAGGGGAAGAGCAUGGUCAGUUACACCACACUGAUCGGCAUGGCAGUGCAGAUUGCAUCUGGUAUGAAGUAUUUGUCCUCUCUUAACUUUGUCCACCGUGAUCUGGCAACCCGCAACUGCCUGGUGGGUAAGAAAUACACCAUAAAGAUCGCUGAUUUCGGCAUGAGUCGGAACCUUUAUAGAGGGGACUACUACCGGAUCCAGGGCAGAGCUGUACUGCCCAUUCGCUGGAUGUCAUGGGAGAGCAUCCUACUAGGUAAGUUCACUAUGGCCAGUGACGUGUGGGCCUUCGGGGUGACUCUGUGGGAAAUUCUCACUCUGUGUAAGGAGCAGCCAUACUCCCAGCUCUCUGACGAGCAGGUCAUUGAAAACACAGGAGAGUUCUUCAGGGAACAGGGCAAACAGGUGUACCUGCCGAAGCCUCCCUGUUGUCCUGACAGAAUUUACAAGGAUCUCAUGCUAAGCUGCUGGAGGAGAAACGCCAAGCAGCGGCCGAGCUUUCAGGAGAUACACUCUCAGCUGUUAGAGAGCCUGGCGUAGCAGAGGAGAUGUAUCGUUCCACUGUGCUGUGCAGUGUCUCGGUUGCUUCCUUUGGCUUAGAUUCAUUUAUUUGGAGUCAGACCCAUAAAAUAUUCACUUUUUUGUCAAUGCCUGCUUCUCAAAAAUUUCGCUCUAAAUGAAGAGAUAUGUGAAGGUACAGACUACACUUAAAUAUAGCCUCCUAUUGUAGAUAUAAUGCAGAUAGUUCUAUUCACACAGUGCAUUCAGACCUCUGUGUAUUUAUUAUUUUCUUAUGAUUUGUUAUGCUGUCUAUUUAUGCAAUAACAUCCCCCUCCCUUUUCUUUUCCAUCAUAUAUCUAAUCCUAUUGCACAUUUAUUAUGUGAGCACUGUUUUGUGUUUUUGUCUUUUAUAUUUGAAUUUUGUCAUGAGGGAAAACGUUUUCCUGAUGAGAUUGUGCUUUCGUAUGCAGAAGCUGAUGUAGAUUUUUUAUAAACAUGUUAAUGUCCUUUUUCAGAAAUGAAUUUAUUGUACAUAGUGGGAAAAUAGCAAAGAUAAACGUUUUAACGGCUGUUGGACCAAGGAUACCUGUAAAUAAAGAAAAAAUGCUAUUAUUAUC